UAGAGAUCUGUGCAGCAGAAUCUUCUCUGGGGAUUGCUGCUGUUGGGAGAAAAAGAGCAGAUCUUGUGUGCUGUGUGUGUGUGUGUGUGUGUGUGUGUGUGUAAGAAAAGAAGACGCAGAGUGCAUCUGGCUGAACCAUUUGGCUACUGGGAAGCCCUAAAACACACACAGAGAGAGAAGGGAGAAAGGAAAACAGAGGAAGCUGGAGCACAACUGAAGUACAGAGCAGCUGGGUUUGUCUCCUGGUACUCUUGACACUUUGGGGUGCCUCAUUCAACUAGACCAUGGAUUGUUGUACUGAAAUCUUCUUCAGGCUGUUGUUUCUGGUACCUGUCCAUCCUUGGAAUAUACUAGCAGCUGGAGACCUCUAUCAUUGUGAUGAUCAGCUAGUGUCAGCCUUGUCUCAGUCAUCAUUCAGCAGUUCAUCAGAACUGUCCAGUAGUCACAAUCCAGGAUUUGCAAGACUUAAUCGAAGAGAUGGUGCUGGUGGUUGGACUCCACUUGUAUCAAAUAAGUACCAAUGGCUCCAAAUCGAUCUUGGUGAAAGGACUGAAAUUACUGCUGUUGCUACACAAGGUGGAUAUGGGAGCUCAAACUGGGUAACCAGUUACCUCCUAAUGUUUAGUGAUAGUGGAAGGAACUGGAAGCAAUAUCGGCAGGAGGAAAGCAUUUGGGAACCUUGGUUUCAUCUUAUUGGAAGAUUUUUGGUUAUACUUUAUCCAUUGACUUUAUUGUAA